AUGUGUUACGUCAUCAAUAACCGGAUGUUUACAAACAUCACUCGCAGCUAGCUAGCGUCCGUAAAGUCUCGGGCUUUAGCGAGUUCGUGUUUUAUUUUCACCACAUAUAAAAGGUCAAUAUGGUCUGUGAAAAGUGCGAGAAGAAGCUUGGUCGAGUUAUCACCCCUGACACUUGGAAGGAUGGAGCACGGAAUACGAUCGAAAGCGGAGGCCGCCAGCGUAACGAAAACAAGCUGCUGACGUCAAAGAAAGCCAGGUUUGACCCGUACGGCAAGACGGGCUUCGCCACGUGUCGCAUCUGCAAGAGCUCCGUCCAUCAGUCGGGCUCGCACUACUGCCAAGGCUGCGCUUACAAGAAAGGAAUCUGUGCCAUGUGUGGGAAAAAGGUUCUCGACACCACCAACUACAAGCAGACGUCAGUGUGACCUUGCCGGAUGUCAUGCGUUGGUCACCUGAACCCAACAAGGGUUCCCUCAGGACACCCUUGAACGCUUUCAACUCCAAAUUCCAGUGUGAUAGUCACAAUGCAGCCAUCUAGUUUUCAACUGUAAUUCCCAUUGCGUUCAGUUGUACUUUUUAAUUUUUUGUUUUUUGUGUGUAUAGGAUAUGAUUUAUAUUUUGCUGUGUCUCCUUUAGUCGAACAAAGGUCAAUAAAAAUGGCCACAAACAUCA